UAAACAAACUAGAGGCGGAGAAAACAGCGCAAGCACCAGGGACUUCGCAGGCUGGGCUCUCGGGGACUCUUUUGUACCUGUUUCUAUUCAUUUUAUACACUUUGUAUUCGACUGUUUUCCUAAAGCACUUUUACUACUUUGAUAUUCAGGCGUCGGGUUUUUUUAUUUGUGUUUGAUUUCCUGUAACUAGCUUGGUAACAGUGUAAGGAAAUACCUCGAGUCUCGACGGUUCAGCAAAUAGAAACACAAACACAAAAACAGGUGAAUCGUCGGAGGAUAUUCAAUGCUACGUUUCGCGGCGCGACAGCUUGUCAUCGUGAUCCGAUAUCAGAAGAAAACGACACGCAUCUAGAUUUAUUCAAACGAUGACUGCUGUGCUGAAUAUCCAGAUGUUACUGGAAGCAGCCGAUUAUAUAGAAAGGAGAGAAAGAGAGAGUGAACACGGAUAUGCCUCGACCUUUCCGUCUGUUCAGCACUCCAGCUGCCAGAGACAAAGGAAACACCGAAAUAAAAAGUGCAGCAACAACCACAACAGGUCCACACACAAUGAGCUGGAGAAAAAUCGGCGAGCCCACCUUCGUUUGUGUCUGGAGCGUUUGAAGACUCUCAUCCCGCUGGGACAAGACUGCAGCCGCCACACCACUCUGGGACUGCUCAACAAGGCCAAAACACACAUAAAGAAACUGGAGGAAGCGGAGCGUAAGUCUCAGUAUCAGUUGGAGAGUUUGGAGCGAGAGCAGCGUCACCUCCGGAGGCGUCUGGACCUGCUGCGGGGCGGCGGGGGCGUGCUGGAGGGCGAGAGGAUACGCACUGACAGUGUAGGCUCCACCCUCAGCUCAGAGAGAUCCGACCACUCUGACUCAGACCAAGAAGAGAUGGAGGUGGAUGUGGAGAGCACAGAGUUCUCUCAUGGAGAGCUGGACAGCGUCAGCACAGCUAGCACCAGCGAUCUGGACGACCACAGCAGUCUACAGAGCACUGCCAGCGAUGAGGGCUACUCCUCCUGCAGCAUCAAACUGGCCUUCAGCUCAUAAAACGAGCUCCUCCUUUACACACACACACACACACACACACUAUCCCAGCCCUCGAAGUGAGUCCUGCCUCCUACCCACCUUUCCCUCCUCGACCAAUCGGAGACCCUUAUUUAAGUCAGGUGACCAGAACACCGCCCGCCCUAUAGAAUGCCUGAUGUGUUGUUUUAAGUUUGUGAAUGUAUCUGAGAGAAUAUGAGUGAGAUGGAAACAAUCUGUGAUUGUGAUUAUAAUUGGGUUAUUAGAUGGUUACAUUCCUGAAUAAGAGACUUUUCUGAUAAUUGUCAUUAUCCAAAUCCCCUUUUUCCGAAAGGAAAGCUAAGAUGUAUAAAAAUAGAUGUUUAAUUUUGAAUUCAAACCCCUGAUUGUUAAUUCUCUACAUGAAUGGGUCGUGAACUGGUCACUAGUGAAACAUUCAACUAAACCCACCCAAAUUGGAUCACCUGACAUGUUGUAACUCCAUAUCAACCCAAGAAACCCAAACCUGUUGAUUUCCUUCUCAUCCGGUCUAAUGGUUCUAACGUCGCUGCUCAACGGCGAUGAGGACUGUCAUUGGUGCUACGUGACAAAACCAAUAAAGCAGAAAGAUCUACUGCGUUCAUCAAAGACGACUGAAAAUCUACGAUCCCACGGCUGUGGGAAUUUUUGGUGCAUUAAACCGUGGAGCUACUUUCCACGCAGCAGCUAAAACCCAGCGAUCUUGCACUCGACCGUGUAGAGCCCUCCGUAGAACUGGCGCCACGUCAGAGAAAUAUCCACCCCUGUGUUUAACUAUAGAUGUCUCUCCUGGCAGAAGUAAGCAAUAAACUCUUGUAGUCAGAUCAACACAUUAGCACUCCUACUCCUGAGACACAACGCUUGUGUCCGUCCAAAAGAGCAACGCCAACUUGCUCACUUUUGUACAUAAAUACGAUAGUUUAAUAAAUUAAAGUUAAAAUAAAAACUGAGUUGAAAAAAAGGUAGUUACCCAUGGGUAGAAAUUGCUGUAUGUCUUGUGUUUUGUGCAUUUUAAAUUAUAUUUUUGCAAAGAUUGACUAUCUUCCACCUGAGAGUCUUUUGUGGUGGCAUGGACAGUAUUAUUUGUUCAUUAUGCUGGAUGAAACCUAAGUAGUUUCAAUUCUGUGGCUGCCCGAGGAAUUUGACGACUUUCUCUAAACAACCAACACACUGAAGUACUUAAAAUCGGACACACAAGAACGAGUGACCGCAGGCAGUGGUCGGUGGGACGCCAAAGCGCGGACCUCUGUUUAAGGCAUGCUAACUCUGAGUGGCGCUCUUUAUUUAUUCGAUCUUCUGUUCAGAAUUUUAUUCGUUUUAGCUGAAAGGCAUUCCACUACUAGUGUCGUGUGCUGUGGACGUGGAGUGAGCGGCGCAUGCGCGUCCAAAUCAGCGCGAAGCGCCACGAACUCUUGCUUCCCGCUGUACUGUAUGUUAAACUCGUUAAUUUCUUUAUUUUGUGUGAGAAGAGGCAUUCAGACUUGAUUAACUUUCCUCAAGUAACUUAGUAUUUAUUUUCUCCCCUUGAUCCCGAAAUCGGAGGAAAUUAAGGGUUGACUUAUUUCAUUCGUCAAAUCUUUGAUGGCAUUCCCCUCCCUUUUAGUUUCCUAAUUCUCUUCUAAACCGUAACCUCACUCCGUCUGUGAUUUAUUAUUUUUAUUUUAUAUUUCCUCCCCAAAUGCAGAGCUGCUUUUUAGUGCGUUUUAAAGCCAAGUCUAAUUUGUAAACGUUCUGCCUGCAAUAGAGCAACACGGACAUCUGCUAGGUGUCCAGAUCCAGCAUCAACCAAAUGCUUUUGGCUGCUGAACGGCCCCAUAUGUGUGGAGUAGUUGUACUCACCCCAGUUAAGAGUUUUAGUAUUGACUGUUUUAGUCGGGUGUAAAUUCAUUGUUUAGAACAAACUGAGGUGAACGUCACGGAGGCGUUUUUUCACGUGCGUUGGUGCUUCAUCAACACCUGGCCAAACCUCUGCUGUCGUCCUCACAAGAGGACAUGUUGCUUUUGUCUAUCCUUUUCAUUCAUAUUGUUUUAUUGGUUUAUGAAUAUGCACUAUUUAAAGCCAGGGCCCAUACUGAGAUGCCGGUGCUUUUAGUUUAGUUUUAUUUUAUUUUAUUUUUGAAGAGAAUGGACCGUGUCCUCUUGAGGCCACCGUGUACCGAUCCAGAUCCGAAUUCAACGAUACUUCCCAGAGAAGUGGUGCUGGUCUGGGAUCAGCUCUCAGUCGCUCCGGAGGAAAAGAAAAAUGCUAAACGGAUCCUGAAACAGCAUCUAUGUUUUGUCAAGAGAC